GUUUGAGAUCACGUCCCGUGCGCACUGCAGGCACAUUUAACAAGUGGUCGAGCAGCUUUCGAGCGCGAUGUCCCGCGGUGCCAAUCGAGUGAAACUUCCAGACCAAGUGACCAAGCUGGUCGACGAAAUAUCCAAAUAAAAAUGUGUGCACAAAGUUUGACCCGCCGUACUUGAAGCUUUUCUUAAAUGUGCUUAUCGAUUGUGCGCGGUAGUGGAUGUGUGUGACACUUAAUGCGAAACUCAAAGUCUUCACAUCUUCACAAUACAAAUGCAUGCUUGUGCUGCUUUUGAGGCAACGCAAAAUACACUAAACCCGUUCGACGCACGCAAUGAUAAGUGAUAGUGAUUUUCGGGACUUUUGCAGCGAACUAACAAAACCUAACUGGAACCGAACGGACCGGUUCGCUCGUCACAGUAAGUGCAGUGCAUAGGCUAGUACUUAUCCCUUUUGGAAGUGAGUUCUACGGUGGGUGUUCAACAAGUGACGUGCAAGUGGUAGUGGAACAUCGGACAGGUGGUGUUUAGAGGGCUGUAGUCUAGGUACAACGUUGCAACAUGAAGUCCAAUCAGCUUUGCGGUAUAUCCUGCUGGCAUCCGGCCUGGCUACAGCGGUUUGCCACGCCGCGAUCGUUUAUUAUGGUGUAUGGGUUUCUCGGGACCGUGCAAGCGAUGGCAUACAUCUACUUCGUCAUCACACUCACCACGCUGGAGAAACGCUUCAAAAUACCUUCCUCGACCACUGGUAUCAUCCUGAGUGGUAACGAAAUAUCUCAGAUCCUGCUAUCUCUCAUACUGUCGUACGUCGGCGGCCAUCGGAACCGGCCUCGCUGGAUUGCUUGGGGUGUAGUGUUCUGUGCACUUUCCUGUUUCAUUCUCGCUCUGCCACACUUUAUCUACGGUGCUGGCGAUGAGGCACUCCAACUUACCAAGGAGUAUAUCCGCGAACGGGAGGAAGACGAAGCACGGAUACGAACGCACCAAAACUACACAUUCAUGGUGAAGAGCACUAACCGGCUGUGCUUGGAUGCGUCGUCACCGAAGGAAUGUCUCGAGACAAUAUCGGUCGUACCGCUGGUACUGAUCUUUCUGUCCCAGUUCGUGCUCGGUAUCGGCAACACGCUGUACUAUUCGCUGGGCCAAACGUACCUGGAUGAUAACACGAAGAAAACCAACACACCGCUAAUGUUGGCGUAUGCGUCCUCUCUGCGCACCUUCGGACCAGUCGUUGGGUUUGCACUUGGAUACUUUGCGCUUAAGAUCUACAUUGAUCCCACCAAGACACCGAUUAUCGAUAGCUCCGAUCCGCGCUGGUUGGGAGCAUGGUGGUUGGGCUGGAUACUGCUCGGCGUUGCGAUGAUCAUCUUUGCCUUUCUUAUCGGUAUGUUUCCGAAGGAGAUACCGAAAAAACCCAAAUCGGUGGAAUCCAACACAAAGCGACCGCAUUCCACCGUGCCAGUCAUUCUGAUGAACGAUGCUGAAGCAUUCGGCAAGGAGAAAGAAAGUCUUAGCAAACGACAACAGCGCACCGUGUCGGAGAAUGCAUCUGAGUUUGCCGAAAGCAUUGUAGAGUUCCCGCAACUGAAAGAUUUUCCUGUAGCCCUGAUCCGUCUUCUGAAGAAUAAGCUACUCAUGUUCAACAUACUGUCCGGCAUAUUCUACAUUCUCGGUUCUAGCGGGUACAUAACGUUCCUAAGCAAGUACAUCGAGGUGCAGUUCCAUAAAUCCACUGCUAACGCGACGGUCAUAACUGGUCCAAUAACGCUUUUCGGUAUGGUAGCUGGAUUUUUGAUAUCCGGCAUUAUCAUAUCGAAGAAAAAGCCUUCGCCCAAAAAGCUGCUUUUCUGGAACGUGAUCGUCGGUGCGGGAUACAUGGCUGGACAGAUAUCCUACCUUUUCCUCACCUGUCCGGACGGUACCAUGCCGUUGGUAAAGGGUCGGCUCAAUCUGACGACAGACUGUAACAGUCACUGCCAUUGCGACGGGAUCCCUUACAGUCCGAUCUGUCAGGAGGAAACGGGCAUUACAUUCUUUUCCGCCUGUCAUGCCGGUUGCGAUACGUGGCACAUGACCGAAAAGUAUUACGACAGUUGCUCCUGCCAGAAUGAAAACUAUUCACCAAUCACAAAACUACCCUGGGAACGGUCGACAACAACCUCAUACACACGGACGACUAAUCCUUAUGAUCCUCACACCAAUACACCUGGAACGGGUCAAGAAAGUACUACGAAAAGUUUGUUACCUUCGGUCACUAUGAGUACUAGUUCGUCAACGAUCGAACAUCCGGAUACAAUGACACCUAGCCUCGGAACAGACACAAUCAAAUUGUUAGCUGGCAAUGAACCAGUGGUCAACUAUACUCUCUCACAUGACGAGCUAAAGGAAGAUCCCUACCUAGAACCUAAAGACGUUCCCGAUGAAUCUACUGCAAAGACUGAGAAUAAAGAGGACGAUGAAGAGACUACGGUGCCUCCUGUGACAGAAAACGUCCCCGAGGAUGCUACAGAACCACCUGCAGAAGGAUCCAGCAGACGAAAGCGAGCGGUGGAAAAGAUUGAUGAGCAACAACAAUAUUCGACAACAACCGCUUCGAGCCCACCGAACAGUAUACUGUACACGGCGAAACUGAUACCUGGUGCUUGUGUGAAAGGCUGUGCAAUGGGUUUCUAUCUGUUCUCCAUCAUCUCCAGCAUUAUCAAUUGUUUGGGUGCAUCGGGACGGAUCGGUAACCUGCUUGUUAAUUAUCGAUGCGUCUCGAAACAGGACAAAUCCUUCACCCAAGGUUUGAUACUGAUGAUGAUCAGUCUGUUCGCGUUAAUUCCCGGCCCAAUUAUUUAUGGCAGAAUCAUCGACAGCACGUGCUUGGUGUGGACGGAAGAGUGCGGCAAACGGGGCAACUGUCAGCUGUACGAUCAGAAACUGUUUCGGUAUUAUAUCAACAUAACAGCACUGUGUCUUACAUCAGUUGGAGUAUUCUUCGAUGGAUUGGUAUGGUGGUACGGCAAAACGUUAGACCUGUACGGGGAACGUGAACUAGCGGAACAGCAGCAACGACAGCAGCAGCAACAGAACAACAAAGUUCACCCAGAACCAAUCAGUAAUCAUGCGUUUAAACAUGAUACGUGAUACGCAACCAUGCGCCGUGUGCGGUGGUAUAACAAGCUGUGUAAAUGUACUACUGUUAACAUACAUUUGAUGUACUGUUUAUGGUCAAUAAGAGAUAAGGGUUAAUUUACAAUAAAUGGUAUACGUCUUAAUCAUGUUA